AUGAAUAACAAUAUAUCUGAGGAAAAGAAAAAUGAAGAAUUAUGUAACUUUCUUCAUAUAUUAGAUGAAGAAUUUAAACUAUGUAAAGAAAAAGAAAGCAAUGAAAAAAAAGAACACUGUGAAUAUUAUAGUAACUUAAAAAAAGACAAAGGAAUUGAUGUUUUAUUAAAUGAAUAUACAACGUCAUUACACAUAAGUAAAAAGUAUAAAAUAGAUCAUAAUAAAGCAAUUGGUAUGAUUAAAAAGCUGGAAACUUUAUAUUACAUUAUCAACAACAUUAAAAAUUUCAAUACAUACCUAUUAACAGAGGAGGGAACUCAAUAUUUAAGAGAAGGAUCACCAGAAUAUGUUGUGUUAAGAUUUGUAUUAGAAAAAAAAAAGUGUGCAAUGGAGGAUUUAAAAAAAAUAUUUGGGAAAAGAGGUGACAUAGGAUUAAACAUUAAUUUAAAAAAUAAAAUGAUAGAACUAAACAAAAAUGAAAAAAGCUUAAGCUCAAGUAUGGAUAUAAAUAAAAUUGAGGAUAAGACACAAAUUUAUUUAGAAAUUAUAAAUAGAUAUGGAAAUGAUGAAGAUAUUCUUUUUGAUGAAUUAAAAAAAAAAAAUAUAGAAAAUAUAAAUAAUUUAAUUCAAGAUUUAAAAAAAAGAAAAUUAUUAGAAGUGAAAAAAAAUUCAUAUAGUUAUAUUAUAAAAACCAGUAAUUUCAGAAAAGAUAUAAAGAAGCAGAUAACUGAUUUAACUUAUUCUUUGUUAAAGAAUGAAGAAUAUCAAAAAUAUGAUAUAAAAAAAUAUAAUUUUUUUUCCAGUGGAAAGAAAAUAAAUAAAGGUAAUUUGCACCUUUUAACAAAGCAAAUGAGAACCUUUAAAGAAAUUUUUAUUUCUUUAGGAUUUGAAGAAAUGGAAACUAAUAAAUAUGUAGAAUCUUCUUUUUGGUGUUUUGAUGCUUUAUAUAUUCCUCAACAGCAUCCAAGUAGAGAUUUACAAGACACUUUUUUUAUAAAAGAACCAGAAACAUGUCAAAAUAAUUUUAUAGAUUCUGAAUAUAUUGAGAAUAUAAGAAGAGUGCACACACAUGGAGACUAUGGAAGUUUUGGAUGGAAUUAUAAUUGGAGAUUAGAUGAGAGUAAAAAAAAUGUCUUACGAACUCAUACAACAGCUAAUUCAUGUCGUGUUUUGUUUAAUUUAGCUAAGGAAUACAAAAAAAAAGGACGAAUUAUACCAAAAAAAUAUUUUAGUAUUGAUAAAGUAUUUAGAAAUGAAAAUCUUGAUAGUACUCACUUAGCUGAAUUUCAUCAAAUAGAAGGUCUUAUAAUUGAUAAAGAUUUAGGACUUGGCCAUUUAAUAGGAACAUUAUCAGCAUUUUAUAAAAAUAUAGGAAUACAUAAAUUAAAAUUUAAACCAACAUUUAAUCCUUAUACUGAACCAUCAAUGGAAAUAUAUGGUUAUCAUGAACAAAAUAAAAAAUGGCUAGAAGUUGGUAAUAGCGGAAUUUUUAGACCUGAAAUGUUAAGAUCUAUGGGAUUUUCUAAAGAAGUAUCUGUAAUUGCAUGGGGAUUAAGCUUAGAAAGACCUACAAUGAUUAAAUAUAAUAUUAAAAAUAUAAGAGAUUUAUUUGGAUAUAAAAGUGUUAUAUAA